AGCAGCAGCAGCACAAUGGGCAGUAAAUAUCACUGGCAGAGUCAGAAUGUCAAGCAGAGCGGUGUUGACGACAUGGUGCUGCUCUCCAAGAUCACUGAAGAUGCCAUUGUGGAAAACCUUAAAAAGAGAUUCUUGGACGACUACAUCUUCACUUAUAUUGGGCCUGUGUUGAUAUCGGUGAAUCCCUUCAAACAGAUGCCAUACUUCACUGACCGGGAGAUUGAACUCUACCAGGGAGCUGCCCAAUAUGAAAAUCCACCACACAUUUACGCUCUGACAGACAACAUGUACAGGAACAUGAUGAUUGACAGUGAAAAUCAGUGUGUCAUUAUCAGCGGAGAGAGUGGAGCAGGAAAAACUGUUGCUGCUAAAUACAUCAUGGGCUACAUCUCGAAAGUAUCCGGGGGAGGAUCUAAAGUACAGCAUGUUAAAGAUAUUAUCCUGCAGUCAAACCCUCUGCUAGAAGCAUUUGGCAAUGCGAAGACGGUCCGCAACAACAAUUCAAGUCGCUUUGGCAAGUACUUUGAGAUCCAGUUCAGUCGAGGAGGAGAGCCAGACGGAGGGAAGAUCUCCAACUUUCUGCUGGAAAAAUCAAGGGUUGUGAGUCAAAAUGAAAAUGAAAGGAACUUUCACAUCUUCUACCAGCUAAUAGAUGGAUGCACACCUCAGCAGAAAGAAGGCUUGGGAAUCAUGACGCCAGAUUACUACUACUACCUAAACCAGUCAGGCACAUACAAAGUUGAUGGAACCAACGACAGUAAGGACUUCCAGGAAACCAUGGAAGCCAUGCAGGUGAUUGGCAUACCAGAAAUGCAUCAGACGCUGGCGCUGCAGAUUGUCGCUGGCAUCUUACACCUAGGCAGCAUUAAUUUUAUUGAGGUGGGAAACUACGGGCAGGUGGAGAGCACAGACUUGUUGGCGUUCCCUGCAUACCUGCUGGGCAUCGACCAGAACCGUCUACAGGAGAAGCUCACCAGCAGAAUAAUGGACUCCAAAUGGGCCGGCAAGACUGAAUCUAUUAACGUGACUCUCAAUCUGGAACAAGCACGGCACACGCGUGACGCUCUCGCCAAAGCUCUCUAUACCCGACUCUUUGACUAUUUGGUUGAGGAAAUAAACAAAGCCAUGCAGAAACCCAUUGAAGAGCUGAGUGUUGGUGUUCUGGAUAUUUAUGGAUUUGAGAUUUUCCAGAGGAAUGGUUUUGAGCAGUUCUGUAUCAAUUUUGUGAAUGAAAAGCUGCAGCAGAUCUUUAUUGAGUUGACACUGAAAGCAGAACAGGAAGAGUAUGUGCAAGAGGGCAUCAAAUGGACACCCAUAGAGUACUUUAACAACAAAAUCGUGUGUGACUUAAUAGAAAAUAAACUGAGUCCCCCUGGCAUCAUGAGUGUGCUGGAUGAUGUGUGUGCCACCAUGCAUGCCACCAAAGAUGGAGCUGACAUGACUCUGCUUCAGAAGCUCCAGAAUGCGGUGGGGACGCACGAUCACUUCAACAGCUGGAACUCUGGUUUCAUCAUUCACCACUAUGCUGGCAAGGUGUCAUACGAUAUCAAUGGUUUCUGUGAGCGAAACAGAGAUGUGCUUUUCCCCGAUCUCAUAGAACUGAUGCAAAGCAGCCAAUAUGACUUCAUCCAAAGCCUCUUCCCAGAAAACCUCAACACGGAUAAGAAAGGUAGACCAACCACAGCUGGCUCCAAGAUCAAAAGGCAAGCCAAUGAGCUGGUCAGUACACUGAUGAAGUGCACACCGCACUACAUACGCUGCAUCAAACCCAACGAGACCAAGAGGCCCAAAGACUGGGAGGAGAGCAGAGCGAGACAUCAAGUGGAAUAUCUCGGCUUAAGGGAAAAUAUUAGGGUACGACGUGCUGGAUUUGCCUACCGUAGAAUCUUCCCAAAGUUUUUACACAGGUAUGCCAUCCUGACAGCAGAGACGUGGCCAUGUUGGCGUGGAGCAGAGCAGCAGGGUGUUUUACACCUCUUGCGUACGGUAAACAUGGAGACAGAUCAGUACCAGAUGGGUCGCUCCAAAAUCUUCAUCAAGAAUCCGGAGUCGCUAUUUUUGCUGGAAGAGAUGCGAGAAAGGAAGUUUGACACAUUUGCCAGAACCAUCCAGAAGGCGUGGAGGAAAUACAUUGCCAGGAGGAAAUAUGAACAAAUGCGGGAAGAGGCCUCGGAUAUACUUUAUAACUCUAAAGAACGUCGUAGGAACAGUAUAAACAGGAACUUUGUUGGCGAUUACCUGGGCAUGGAGGACAGACCUGAGCUGCGGCAGUUCAUGGCCAAAAGAGAGCGGGUUGACUUUGCUGACUCGGUUAACAAGUUUGACCGUAGGUUCAAGUCUAUAAAGCGGGAUCUAAUACUGUCACCAAAAUCCAUCUACCUAAUUGGUCGGGAAAAGAUAAAGAAAGGACCAGAAAAGGGCCAGAUAAAAGAAGUUCUGAAAAGAAGGCUGGACAUCAGCGGCAUCCGUUCAGUGUCACUGAGCACAAGGCAAGAUGACUUCUUCAUCCUGCACGAGACUGAGUACGACAGUCUGCUGGAGUCCAUGUUCAAGACUGAGUUCCUGACACUGCUGUGCAAACGUUACGAGGAGCAAACCCGAAGCAAACUCACACUGUCUUUCAGCGACAGGCUGCAGUUUAAUGUGAAGAAAGAGGGAUGGGGAGGAGGAAGCACACGAAUGGUGGUGUUUCAGAGAGGACAGGCCGAUGAAGCUGUCAUCAAAGCCGGAGGAAAGACCCUCACCGUCAGUGUUGGAGAUGGACUGCCAAAGACAUCCAAGCCGACUAGGAAAGGCAUGCCUCAGAGUCAUGGAGGAAGAAGCCAGCCACAGCACAGAGGCGGGCAUCAGAAUGGGGCAGCGCAGUUUCACCGGGGUGGCGGUCAGCAGCAGCAGCAAAAGGAAGUGACGUACUCUAUGCCAGUGAGGCACAAUCCUCCACCCAGCAACCCUCUAAAAUUGGGCUCGCAGAAGAAUCAAAGAGGCUCGAGGCCGGUUCAGAAUCAGUCCACAAACCUAGACUUCCUCAAUGUGCCUGAUCAGGGCAUGUCUGGCAUGCAGCGGAAAAAGAGUAUCAGCCAGCGUCCUCCUCCGGCCCCCUCUAGCCGGCCCAAACCUCAGGCACGACCACAGGGCCCACGAUGCCGAGCGCUUUAUCAGUAUUUUGGCCAAGAUGUAGAUGAAAUCAGUUUUGAAGUCAACGACAUCAUUGAACUCCUCAGUGAAGAUCAAUCAGGAUGGUGGCGAGGAAGAAUUCGUGGGAAAGAAGGACUUUUUCCUGGAAACUAUGUGGAGAAGAUCUAAAGAGGUAGACCUGCACCCUAGAUCCAUGGUUCUAAACUGGUUUGGCCACAGGACCCACAUUUUCUCAUGGUCAUUGAACACAAGCAUCGCCCCUUAUUGAAAGAAUAUUGUUAAUAGUGAUGAAUCAUAAUUAAAUAGCAGUUACAAACUAGCUUUUGCUGAUGCAAUAACAUUAGUAAACUUUAGUAACAGAAUAACAGCUGACAGGUCGAGAAAGAUUAUUGCCGCAUCUCAUCUGAAACGGAGAAUGUGUUUUCACACACAUGAAGCGCAUCUAACAAGAAACAUUAAAAGCUUUCACACACUUCUUUCAAAAAGUCACGAACUAACAGUUGAGAAGCAGAUCAUGAAAAUCUCUGAGAUUUUACACUUCAAGCCACA